CGCGUGUGCGCUGGAAAGACGCAUCACUUUGGAUAACGGAGAGGCGCGCAGAGGCGCACGGACCGAAUCUUUCUCCCAACACGCACAUUUCUUCUACAAACCCAAUGGAUCCCAGCACUCCCUCCUUCUACGUGAACAGCAGGAUACUGGGGUCUGGGAAUGACAGUACGUCUACCCCUCUGUUCUACAGCACCAACAGCAGCAAUGACUCAGACGUAUCUUCACUGACGCCCUUCAGUAAGGCUACUGUGGUCGUCUAUACUAUGGUCUUCAUUGUGGGUUUCCUGGGCAACACACUGGCCAUCUAUGUAGUGGCCCGCUACGCUAAAGUAAAGACUGUAACCAACAUAUACAUCCUCAACUUAGCUGUGGCAGAUGAACUCUACAUCCUGGGAGUCCCCUUCAUCGUAACCAACAGUGUUCUUUCUUACUGGCCAUAUGGGGAUUUUCUCUGCAAAGUGUGCAUGACUGUUGACACCAUGAGCCAGUUCGCCUCCACCUUUUGCCUAACGCUGAUGAGCAUCGACCGCUUCCUGGCCGUGGUUUAUCCCAUUCGCAGUGCCAAGUGGAGGAAGCCUCAUAUGGCCAAGAUUCUCAGUGGCAUGGUGUGGGUGGUGUCCUUUCUGACUGUGUUGCCGGUCACCAUCUUCUCAAUUGUUCUAGAAGAUUUAGGCACUUGUAACAUCAGAUGGCCUGACCCGAUGAAGGAGGUGUGGUCUGUCAUCUUCAUCCUCUACACAUCUAUCCUUGGUUUCUUUGGCCCCCUGGUUGUCAUAUCCAUUUGCUACAUUUUCAUUGUCUUCAAGGUGAAGUCAGUUGGCGCACGUGCAGGCCUGACUAAGAAACGAAAAUCAGAGCGCAAGGUGACGCGCAUGGUGGUGAUCAUCGUGCUGGUAUUUGUACUCUGCUGGCUGCCUUUCUUCACUUUCAACAUCGUCAACCAGUUCUUCACCAUCCCAGAGACCCAAAUCACCUUCAUAACCUACUUCUCCCUGGUGAUCCUCACCUACGUCAACUCCUGUGCCAACCCAGUCCUCUAUGCUUUCCUCUCUGACAACUUCAAGCAGAGCUUUCAGGAAGUGCUCUGCUUCAGAAAACCAAACACUACAAUGGCUACCAGCUCAAAGGUCGACAGACAUAAUGGUGCCAAGUCAGUCCAGAUGGAGGUCAACAGGAACCCUGACAGUGAGCCCUUCACCUCAAAAACUGUGAUAGUUUAGAUCUCAGCCAGUGUUUGCUGAGUUCUCAAGCAGACCCGACAUGUACUCGAAUGCUACCACUUGGAACUUGGACAAAAUACC